AUGGUAAUGACUUCAGACACGGAGAGAAGGAAGGUGCCACCUCGCACCCAAUCCGCGUCUCCCAUCCUCCAGAUUUCACCAGACAUCUUGUGCUUGAUCAUAACCUCCCUAGCCUCCUCCGAAGACGAGCGCAACCCUCGGUUCCUUGACACCCUCCGUCUGCUCAGCACGGUGUGCCACGACUGGCGCAAGGCCAUCCACAUAUUCGACGACCUCUGGGGUCGUUUCCUCGAUGUUACGAAAGGGUCCUCUAGCUGGAAAGUGAUCCACCUCGCGCGGACGCAGUCUGCCCCUCUGCAUCUCCUCACCAGUAGGCAGCUAGAGAGCACGGAUACAGAGAGCUGCGAAUUCGUCCGGAUGCUCCUCGCGACAAAGGCGUUCAGAAUUCACGUUAUCGCAUUUGACUUGGUGGAGGUCGCUGGCAUCAAAGACUUCUGGGGGCACCUCAGUCAUCAGCCGUUUCCCAAUCUGAGGUAUUUCGAUGUCGUCACGCUUGAUGAAUACGAUGAUGCUACGAAACCGCGUCCGUUUUCUUUCUUCAACAAGCAGGCGCCCAAACUGGAGCAUUUCAUUGUGCGUGGAUGCUUCUUGGCUCCAUGGUUGAACGCGGAAAUCUUCUCCAACCUGCGGACGCUGGACAUGGCGGAUUCAUACUGGAACCACGGAUAUUCGCUGCAGAUGUGGCUUUGUGCAUUGACGCACAUGCAGCGCCUCGAAGAGCUCUCGCUCAACGACGCGUUUCUCGACGUGGAGGGACAACAGCUUGAAAAGAUGACCCCGGGCUUGCAGUCGUGCCCUCUCGUACGCCUCCCAAGGCUCCGAAAACUUCGUCUCUGGCAGUGCCUGUUCGCCUCUACCGUCGUCUUGAGCAAGAUAGUCCCUGAGGUUGGCUGUUCUGUUGAAGUCCUAGUCCACGUCCAGCCCAACUCAAUCCCUAAGGCUGGGAAAUCGGAUACUCUUAUGGCGUCCCUUUACUCCGAGUAUCUCUCAACGGCGGCGAUCUGCUGGGGCAAACAAAGGCCUACACGAUGCUUCAUUCAAAUGUAUUAUUACAAAUACCGUUUCCUGCUGCUAGCCCCAGUCGGUGAAAGUACAGACGAAAUACUCCUCGACCUCAAAGUUGCCUGGGAACCAGAGGACGAGGGUUAUAAUGAGUCAGGGUUCCAUCGUGUGCUAUGGGAGAUGGGUUUCAUCUUCUCCCGCUUCUCGACCUCUCUCCUGGCUUCGGUGACACCUACCGGCUCGUUGAUGGGCGACCCACUGGUAGCGUUUAUGCAAAAGUUUCCCAAUGUUCGAGAGAUCUGUGGUUCCCCAGACAGCCUGGCGGUCGUGAAAAGACUUCUCCGCAUUUCAAUAAACACAGAUAGGCGCGGCAAACCUCUUCCUUGCCCGCUCUUGGAGCGCAUGACUACAUGCAGCGAUGCAUGCCAAAGGGUAGGUCAGUCACUAGUCUGGUACAAGGAUCGACAGGAAUGCACGAAGCAGGGCAUACGGCGACGCGAGGGUUCAUAG